AUGUACAUCGGCAUCCCAAUCGCGCUUUGGAUUGCCCUGCUUCUCUCUCUUCUCAUUCUAGGCAUCUGCUUAGUUGGAGGCCUCACAACGACGCUUCUGGACGGAAGCUACAGACUCAGCCUGGCCAUGGUUGCACUCCUCGUCGGCUGCAUAAUUUACAUCUACCGGGUGGCAAAGGAGUACCUGGAGUACCGAGAAAUGGCCGCGCAUCUAGUUCGACAAAAGUGUGAAUGCGGCGCCGGCGUACAGGAGAAUGCGAGCAGGGCCCGUCUGUCCAAGGGCUCGUUGAGCGAUCCAGAUGAAUUGCUAGAGUCAGGUGUGCCGCUGAAUAAUGAUGCACCAAUGCAGGAUCGAAAUCUAGAUUCAAAGGUGUAA